UGCUCUGGGCAACAUGAAUCAGGAGAAGAUCCUUCCCCGAUGGUCAAGACUGUAUACUGAGGAAUUCCCAGGAAUGGAAUAUGGUAUAUCCAUAUUCCAACGCUGGUCCAGUCCAUGGCCACAGCCUUGUCACCCUUGAGUCCACUCUUGAUUUCAAAUCCGGAAGCUCGGGGGAAAAUCAGUUGGUCAUCAGCCCUUGACUUAAGUUGCACCAGAGCUGUUCUCCACACAUAACUAUGUAUAGAAAAUGUUGGGAUAUCAGUCAUGUCAAGCCCGACCAGUUUCCCGUUCAGUAUACUGGUGCAAUGCCUGAGAAAAGAUCAUCGCGAGGCAAUGCUGAAUGAGGCAUUUUGUUGGAGAAAAAGGAGAUGAUGACAGCUAUCAAUCUGGAAAUCCGACUCACAAACUAUCUUCCAAGAAUUCAGAUUGCCAAACCAAAGCAAAACCACAAACACAACAACUCUUUUCGAAUCAAUCCGUCCUCUAUUCCAUUAUGCUCAAGAAAGUCCUCCUUGCCGCCGCCCUCAUGGGGUCUACCCUUGCCAAUCCCCUCCCGUCAGACGACAAGAACCCCCUCGCGUCUCAUCAAAAGAGAACCUCGGUCCCUGAAGAAGAUAUGUGCUCGAAGGUUGAUGGUUUAGCCAGCAAUUCUUGGCAGGUCUAUGCAACCAAAAGCUCUAUGCCAAUCGACCAGGUGUGUGGGCAGGGAUACCUCGACAAUUUCCGUGGACGUUGUGGUGUUAUCUCUAGCUGGGGAUGCGAGUUCGUGGACAGGGAUGUCAAUAAAGUGGAAGAAAAGGAGAAGAAUGAGGAUCAGAUCAUGGGCGCGAAGAUGACCUUCGACACUCAAUUUUUUUGCUCCACAGACGACAUCAUAGAAGCUAUGGGGGCCGCGUCGGCCGACAACGGGCAUAAACCGAAGGAGUGCUUUGAAUCUCCCAAGUUUAUUCUCCCGCGCCACAAAUAAGUUGGGAAUAUUUUGAGGCCCUUAUUGUUGUUGCGACUGUUGCUGAUGCUGUUGUUCUUGUUGUUGUCUUUCUC